GGAUCAAUUCAACGAAGGUAAAAUCUAAAUAUGAAAUAUUAAAAACUACCACACGGGGGCAGAAACUUCUUCCCGGGCCCAAAACUCUUCAACUAAUGGCCCGGAAGCGGAAGUUCUUUCCUUUCUUGUUUCUGCUUGUGAAGAAACGCUUGUAGACAAUGGCUCCUCGUAAAGGGAAGGAGAAGAAGGAGGAGCAGGUCAUCAGCCUCGGCCCUCAGGUGGCUGAAGGAGAGAACGUGUUUGGCGUCUGUCACAUCUUCGCCUCCUUCAACGACACCUUCGUCCAUGUCACUGAUCUUUCUGGAAAGGAGACCAUUUGCCGCGUGACCGGUGGGAUGAAGGUGAAGGCCGACAGAGACGAGUCGUCUCCGUACGCCGCCAUGUUGGCGGCUCAGGACGUGGCUCAGCGCUGCAAAGAGCUGGGAAUCACUGCGCUGCACAUCAAGCUGAGAGCCACCGGAGGGAACAGAACAAAGACUCCUGGACCUGGAGCUCAGUCUGCUCUCAGAGCUCUGGCUCGAUCUGGAAUGAAGAUCGGUCGCAUCGAGGACGUCACUCCGAUCCCAUCCGACUCCACCAGGAGGAAGGGCGGUCGCCGCGGUCGUCGUCUGUAGUUCCACACAUUUUUCUGACAAUAAAAAGAUUUAAGUCCAA